GCUUUUCUUUUGGAGAACGAAUGAAUUAUUUUCGGAUAUAUACUUUAAUUAUUCCAUUGCAAUUGGUCUCAUUUAUGCUGUUCAAAUAUACUGCUUGUAUACUUCACGUGUUUCUGCAAUCUUUUGUGUAAAGAUUUUAGUACUCAGCUUAUUGGCCACUUUCUGCUUGAUUUUCUUGGAUCCUAAAAUGCAAGAAACUUUACUAAUGAGUCGCAGUAGAAUUUUCCUACUUCCACCUUUCAGCUAUAUUUUUGCUGGUCGUAAAUUUGGAAUCUUGACCGCAACAAUCACUUUUAUGAUCUAUAUUUUCAGUGUAUUUUUGUGGCAAUCCAUUCAUACUAUCCAAACCACUUUGUUCGGUAUUUUUCAUUUCUUAUUGGAUCUAAUUGUACCUAUAUUAAUACUCGAGCGUGUUCUUGAUACUGAGAGCGGGGAUAAACAAUCAGAGGAGGUUCAAAAGUUGAGAACGCCUAUACAUGGAAUUUUAGCUAGUACUGAAAUUCUCCGUGGAUCACAAUUGACUUCAGCACAACGCUCGCUUAUUUCUGCCAUUCAAAGUGCCGGAACAAACGUUAUUCACAUUGCUGAUCACAUUUUACGUAUUUCCAACACGAGAGGUUUUGAACAACGAUCAGAACAGUUUGAUUUAUAUCUUGCAUGUGAACAAAUUAGUGAAGGAAUGUCCCCAUUUCUUGAAAGUCAAAAUUUUGAUUUUGAUUUUGAUUAUAAAGUACCAUUUUCUCAAUCUUUAUUAAUUGGUGACAUUGGACUUCUCAAACAAAUUAUUAUAAACUCGAUGAAUAAUAUGUUAAAUAUCGCUCGAGAUGGCAAAGUAAUGUUUACCGUCAAAGCCAAGGAUGAAGGUGCAACACCUGAACGAACUGAUAAACUUACAAAUUUAUUUACUGUCGAAUUUAAUCUUACUGGAAUUGGUCAAAUCCUAGAUAAUGUUGAAUCUUACAUUAAGAGAUCGGAUAUUACAGAAACUUGUUCCGAACUUUAUGAUGGGAUUAAUGGAAUUAGAUUCACUCAGUCACUUGUCGAUUCGAUUGGUGGCAAUUUCGAAAUAAAGAAAUCACCUGAGGAUCCGAAUUCUCAUGAAUCCUCAUAUACUUUUAUUAUUACUAUUGACUUACAAAAGGCUGCGGAAGAAAAUGAUCGAAUCAGCGUUACGAAACCAUUUCCAUUGCGUUACGUCACCGAAGUUGGGGCUGAUCCAAGAAUUUCACUUCGCGUUGGUAUUAUUCGAACUCAUAAAGAAGAUUCUUUUAUUAUGAAAGAGAUUGAGUCUAUACUCAAAACAGAUUUUGAAAUGGAAACAGUUCAACGUAUUUCCAUUGAAGACAUUGACAAUGAGCGAGUCAAUACUAUUAUUUUUGAUACAUCCGAAAUUGAAGAACAAGUCAUUGAAGAAGUAUGUCAAAAAGCUAAGAGUGCUAAUGUCCCGAUUAUUUUAAUCACCAAAUUGAUGAGGACCAGCCUAGUCAGUGAAACGGUAUCAAAAUCCGGUAUUAAAGAAGAAAAGGUUUAUUUUAUCGUCAAGCCUUUUACUCAAGUCAAGCUAUGGAACGGAUUGAUUGCUGCGACAAACAAAAUUAAGAAGACUGAAUCUGAUGAAGUUAUUCAGAAAGAAGAAAAGUAUUAAAGUGUCGUUAUAAUAUGAUGUAGAAACAGUACUUAGCUUUAAAUUUAUGAGAAGACGCAGAAUUUACAUUGUUCUAAAAAUGGAAAAACUGAAAAAAGUAAUCUUAAAAUAAUUGCUAUAUAAAUCCAAAUAAUAAAGAAGUAU